GAAAGUUCAUGAAGUUUCUUCUGAUCUUCUUCCUCACCUUGUACAUCUGCAGCAGUUGUGUGCAAGGAAAGCUCGUCCAUGCCAUCUAUAAGACGAGAAAAGUAUCACCACCGCGUCGUUACAAUCCUAGGCGAUUCGUCCCUCGUGGACGGGGCAUAAGUCUUUGAGCUCGAGCAUGGUUUUUCCCAUUUGACAUCUUAAUUUGGUCAUUGGCUUUGAAUUUGUUAAUAAAACAUUAAGCUCA